ACCGCCCGCCGCACCGGAACUACGCGGACCACAAUGCACCGCGCCGCCGCCGCCGCGCCGGAACUACCCGCCCCACACUGCGCCGCGCCCCCCAGCCCAGGAUUGGUCUCGCGAGAGUUCCGCCGUCUCGCGAGAGCUCGGCUGAGGCGGGAGGCGUUGCGGCCGUUAACCCCCCACCAUGGCCGACAGCCGUCCGCGGACCCGCGUCGGGGUUCGGCGCGGCACCAGUGGCCGGCAGACGAUCAAGACUGUAUCUGAUUCCAGAAAGGAGAAGGCUGGCAGAACCACCUUGCUGAAGCAGAGACCGACGGUGUUACCAGAUCUUGACAAUGACACGCCACGGGUUAUGCUCAAGAGAAUCAUCCAGACCCAACCACAAGUUUCACCUCUGGCACCUCGGAUAUCAAGACAUGAAGAAGCAGAAGCAGCUCGAUCAGAACUCCCAUCUAGGAGGGUCUCCAGCAUGGGGGAAAUGCAACUGCCAGACCUUGUUCCUGAGGACACGUCUAUCGCCGCAUUCCGUAUGACUAGGAAGAGAAAGAAACUCAGCAUUUCUGAAUUUGAGAGAGCAGCAGACAAAAGAGUUCCUCAGAACGAAGCUCAGUCAACGCUGAACAGCACUGCUUUGGCUCGAUCUCUUCACAUGUCUCUUGGUUCCUUGAUCCCACCAGACACUGUUGAAAAGAGAGGCUUACUCCGGAGGCCAAAAAAUCACAAAGCUAUUGACAUGGAAGCUUUUGAAGGCGGAGUGGAACAGAACAUGCUGAAGAGAAAAGGUUUCUUUUCAGAGGACUAUCUUGUGGAGUCGCAAACAGCAUCUGUGAUUCAAACAGCCAUGCUGACAAGUGAUGCAGAAAUCAUGCUGGGUAACACGGAGCUCUUCGUUCAGCCGCAGUUUGACGAACAGAGCCAAAACAAGCUUUCUGCUCUUGAACCACAGCUAUCAGAUUCCAAAACUUCAGCACAGAGAAGCAAGAUUUCUGAUGCAGCUCAAGAGGAAGCGAGGCUGGGGGGCCUGGUAUCCAGUGUGCGCAAAAAUGAGGGAAGGACCCGAAGAUAUUCUGAGGACUUAAUCCUUGAUCGCAAGCAUGUUGACAGAAUGAGUCCUGUAUCUCCAAAAACACCUGCAAAACAGCAAGAAGAUAAGCAAGAACAUUCCCAGCAGAGUAACCCAAUGGAACAGCUUUCUCUUUCAGAAGAGGUGGUGGUUGGCGCCGUUAAUAGAUGGAGCUCCUCUUUGACGUCCAGAAGUUCAAGUAAAUGUUUGGGAUCCCCAGUUACUCCAAAGCCUAAGAGAUCUUUCACAGAGUCUUUGAGAGAAUUUGUGUCCCAUAUAAUUGAAGACCUAGACGCAAGCGAUACAGAAGAGGAGAUGGCUAAUACAGUGAACAGAGUUGAACAGGAAGAGAUUCUCGGAGAGGCUGCAGAACAUCGUGCAAAUUCUGGAUAUUCUGAACACUUGGAGAAGAAACUGAUCAAAAAAGCAGAAUCACAGAUAACUACAGCACAGGAUGCCAGAGUCGAAGAAGAAAUGGCCCCUUCAGAAGAAGAGGGAGUAGCUGAAGGCAGUGUUGAAGACCAAGGCUCUCCCAAAGCUGAACGUGAGAUUGCCAAAGGUGUUGAAGCUGGAAGUCUGGGCAGGCAUUCUCAUGCUUUUUCCUCCUCUGAAAAAUCUGCGAUGAAGCCAUUAGAUGAAGCUGUUGAACAAGCAGAUGAACUGGAAAACCAGGCUAUCAUGGUAGAAUUAGAUGGUCCAGAAGAACUUACUGAGGAUGAAGCUGAAAGCCCUGAGAAUGAAGAGGUUUCCAUGAAGACACCUGGGUUUGUCCGUGCUGCAGCCUACAAGCCACUGCUGUCAACUCCAUGUCCUGCAAAACCUGCUGCUCCCAAGUCUCCCCUGCAGCCGCUGCAGGCUAAGCCAGUUCCAAAGAGGUCAGGAGCAUCACGGAAGAAAACGCGUGAGCCUAGAGUGGCAAGUAGUUUGAUAAAGAAGAUAUUUAGGCAUUAUGUGAAAAUGCCAGUGGCCAGAGGUGCAUUCAGAAUUGUUGAAAAAUGCUCAGUGAGAUACUUCAAGCAGCUAAGCAGAGAUCUGGAAGCUUACACCCACCAUGCAGGGAGGAAGACAGUGGAGAUGGCUGACGUGGAAGUCCUCAUGAGAAGACAAGGGCUGGUGACAGACAAGAUGCCGCUGUGUGUGCUGAUAGAGCGUUACCUGCCUCUGGAGUACAGGAAGCUCCUGAUUCCGAUUGCUGUGAGUGGAAACAAAGUGAUCCCCUGCAAGUGAAUGUUCCCGUGCGGGCGGGAGGAUGGCCGGCUUGCAGAGCUGGCUCUAGGUUGUUCUGUGUAACGUCACCCUGUGACGGUUUUCUACCAGUAACGAAUGGGGCAAUAAACGGUCGGCAUUCUUUUGAACUGAUGCAGGUUGUGCUGUGGCUGUCACACCAGCCUGCUCGACCUCACCAGCUAUUAUUACGAGUAACUCGACUAUCCUGAAUCUUUUUUAUGUUCCCACUGAAUACUUGUACAGCUCUGAUAAAUAAAAUACUACGUGUAUUCUGCA